AUGUACAAGGCCGUCAUCCUGCCGACGCUACUGUAUGGAGCGGAGACUUGGACGGUGUACGCAAAGCAGGCACGUCGUCUGAACCACUUCCACCUCAGUUGUCUUCGUCGCAUCCUGAGGCUGAACUGGCAGGAUCGAAUCCCCGACACUGAUGUGCUGGAACGGACGGGAAUCCUCAGCAUCUACGCCAUACUGAGGCAAAUGCAGCUGCGCUGGAGCGGCCACCUGGUGCGCAUGGACAACGAGCGACUACCCAAACGACUCUUCUACGGAGACGUCGCGACGGGUUCUCGCAGUCAAGGAGGCCAGAUUCGCCGUUACAAGGAUACCCUGAAGUCCUCCCUGAAAUGCCUGCAAAUCAACCCCACCAACUGGGAGGAGCUCGCACUCGAUCGACCGACCUGGAAGAGAACAGUGAAGACAGGCGCUGCGAUCUACGAAGCCAACCGCAUCGCUGCCGCCAAAGCGAAACGUGAAGACCGCAAAUCACAAUUUCGCCCAGUAAGAAACGCCUCCGCACAACCGCUUCCAACGUGUCCUCGAUGUCAACGGACAUUCCGGGCUCGAAUCGGACUUGUUGGACAUCUUCGGAUUAACUGCGCCUCUCGAACGGCACCAACCAUCGUCCCCCCGCCUGCCUCUUCCUCCUCCUCCUCCUCUCCGCCGCCAACUAACCCUGACAAUUCUUCUGACCCACCACUUCCAUCAUUCUCCUUCUCCUCCUCAUCCUCCUCCUCCUCCUCCUCAUCCUCCUCCUCCUCCUCAUCCUCCUCGCCCACUGCUCCAACGGCGGCCGCUCUGGCGACUGUCCCACGCACAGCAACAGACACUACCACCACCUCCCCCGACUCCAGCGAUGAGGAUCCGGACUACACCUGCCCUCACUGCGACCGUACCUUCCCCUCACACAUCGACCUGGUCGGUCACUUGCGAAUCCAUCGCACAGAGACUGGCGAACCAGUGCCUGGAGCACCAACCUAUACCCACCAAGCUCGUCUCAACUGCCCACACUGUCCUCACACUUUCAGGCAUCGCAUGAGCCUAUUCGGCCACAUGCGCAUCCACGACGAACUGCUGUAG